GUGAGCGGAGAACCUCUGGUCGGAGAUGAUCUUUCUCCGAGUGUGACAGCAACCUGUAGUCAAGGAUUCAUGCGGGUUCGGUUAAGGACUAGCUCUGAGUUCCACGGUGUAAUCCAUGCUCGGGAUUCUAGAGAUAAUGCUUGUUUAACAUAUGGUACUGGAGAAACGACGACAUUUCUAACAAUCAAUCUUCUCACACCACGUGACCAUCCUGCAUUUUGUGGAGUUGUUCAUGAUAAUGGAACUGACAAGAGUUCUCUAGCUCUAGCUGUGAGAUCUCACCGAACCCUGGAGCUAGCAGCUGAUAAUUAUUAUGUAAUUACCUGUGGUAGAUCUGGGUUUAAGAAUACUGAUACAAACCUAACCUCAUCAGUUCGUCUUCUACUCACCAGGGAGGGAAGGAAGAUAACUGAAGCAACUUAUGGUAAAGAAUAUAUACUGCAGGCAGAGAUGGAGAAACCAUCAGAUGAUUACGGUAUACGGGUGAGAAACUGUUUUGCCUUCAGUGACAAGAAUUCAUCAGUUCGGCUUCUUAAUGAUAAAGGGUGUCCGGAGAAGAACGUGAUGUCUCAGUUUGUGUUUGAUCAGAGCUCAGGACGAUCCUCGGCCAAUCUUUACUCCAUGUUCAGGUUUCCAGAUUCUAAUACAGUUCAUCUUCAAUGUGAUAUUAUACUCUGCAACUCAAAAUCCUGCCAGGAGUCCUUGUGUGUAACUGACCCUGAUACCUCAGCUAGGUCCAGGGUUGGGGGAGGAGAAGGAGAAGGGGAUCAGGAUCAUCGAAUGAUGGCUUCAACGACAGUUUUCGUCCUGGAACCCGGAGUCUCUGCUCUAGCUUCUACUGAAGAGUGUGAGCUGGGACCCCCCUGGCUCCUCUGGUUGUGCGUGGUGUUCGGUAUCCUCUUCCUCAUCAUGCUCUGCGUUAAUAUCUUCCUCUGCUCCGCUAUGACCUGUUCUAUAUCUAAGACGGAUACGGAACCAGAGGAGAAGGCAGGAAGUGUGUUUACAGUUCAGGAUUAUGACCCAUACCGGAGCUGGUCUGGGAGCCAGUAUGGGAGUAGGUUCAGUUUAGAUCAUCCUGGAACCCGGACCCUGGAAACCUCAAGACCUUUGGGUCCUGAACACCCAGGGACCAGGAUACUUAGUCCUGCUAGUCUACCCUACUCCAGUCUUCAGAAUACUAAAUCUACAUAUUCUAACUCUAGACCAAGUUCUAGAAACGGAAAGUAUAACGGAAUCUCCAACGGAAGCCUGCAUUACGAUAACUCUCCCCUGUACAACAGCUUAAAUAUGAACCGCCCACCUCCAGCCGUUUACCAACCGACCACACCUUCCCGUUCUCGGACUCCGAACCGCACUCCUCGCUCUCGCGCACGGGCUCGACAUCGUGCUCGCGAAGCCGGUCAUUUUGACCUGGCGCCGGACCAGUACAGUUUACAUUCCCGACCAGCUAGCCAGGCCGGCAGCUAUAAACACGCCAUGCGUACGCGAAUUCCGGAUAUAUAAAAGCGCAUA